AUGGUAAAACCAAAGAAGUUCAGAGGGGUCAGGCAACGCCACUGGGGUUCCUGGGUUUCUGAGAUUCGUCAUCCAUUACUGAAAAGGAGGGUGUGGCUUGGGACAUUUGAGAGUGCAGAAGAGGCAGCACGAGCCUACGACGAGGCUGCGAUUCUGAUGAGCGGUCGAAAUGCCAAAACAAACUUUCCGGUCACUACAAAUGAAACAGCAGCUGCUAAUACCGAUCCUAUCAACAACAAGAGCAACUCCGUCAAUAGUGCUACUUCUAGUUCACUUUCUGCAAUCCUAAGCGCCAAGCUUCGCAAGUGCUGCAAGUCUCCCUCUCCUUCCCUCACUUGCCUUAGGCUCGACACUGAGAAUUCCCACAUCGGCGUUUGGCAAAAGCGAGCUGGGCCACGUUCAGAUUCAAACUGGUUGAUGAUGGUGGAGCUGGGACAGAAGAGUGGUUCAAAACCGGAGAAGGAGGAGAGUACUAGCGCCCUUGAAGUGACUGAUGACCAUGAAAUGGAAAAAUUAGACAAAGGGGAUGAUAGAUUGCACGAGGAGGAAAGGAUUGCAUUACAGAUGAUAGAGGAACUUCUCAAUAGAAAUUAA